AUGUUGAUGCAGCAGGUCUUCACAAACUGGACUACUUACAGUUGCUUAUCAAAGAAACUCUUGAACAUACCCCCAAUUCCUUUGCUAUUUCCAAGAGAAAGCAAAGAGGCAUGCAAGAUUACUGGUUACGACAUGCCUGCCGAAUCCAAAGUUACUGUGAACAUAUGGGGAAUUGGGAGGGAACCCAUUAACUGGACUGAACCUGAGAGAUUCUAUCCAGAGAGAUUUCUUGAUAGUUCAAUGGAUUAUAAGGGGAUUGAUUUUAAAUUCAUCCCAUUUGGUGCUGGAAUAUUGUUUGGUAUGGCUACUGUGGUGCUUCCACUUGCACAGCUGCUAUGCUUUUUGGAUUGGAUACCCCCUAAUGGUCUGAGAUCAGCAGAUCUUGUCACGUCCCAGGUUUUUGGCUCUAGUUAA